AUUCAAUUCAUAAGGCUUUUAUAUUAAUUCUUGGAUUUCGCUGCCGAAAAAUUCAUGGAGAGUACUGAUUCAUCCUCUGGUUCGCAGCACCCCCACCUGCCGCCAGGCUUCAGGUUCCACCCGACCGAUGAAGAACUAGUAGUCCACUAUCUUAAAAAGAAGGCUGCAUCAGCUCCACUUCCUGUCACCAUUAUUGCGGAGGUUGAUCUGUACAAAUUUGAUCCCUGGGAGCUACCGAGCAAGGCUACAUUUGGAGAGCAGGAAUGGUAUUUUUUCAGUCCAAGAGAUCGCAAGUACCCGAACGGGGCUAGGCCUAACCGGGCUGCAACUUCAGGGUACUGGAAAGCAACUGGAACAGAUAAGCCGAUACUUGCAUCUAAUGGAGCUCAAAAGGUUGGUGUCAAGAAGGCACUUGUCUUUUAUGGUGGUAAACCUCCAAAGGGAAUUAAGACGAAUUGGAUUAUGCAUGAAUAUCGCCUUGUCGAUAAUAACAAUUCUAGCUCAAAGCCUCCUGGUUUUGAUCUAGCUAACAAGAAAGGGUCUUUAAGGCUUGAUGAUUGGGUCUUAUGCCGGAUUUACAAGAAGAACAACUCACAAAGAACUAUGGAUAGGGACAAGGAAGAUUCAAUGGAAGGAUUUCUUGCGACACUGCCAAUAAACCCAAAACCUGCUUCUUCAUCAGUUUCAAAACCUGCACAUGCUUACGGUUCUGUACUUGACAAUGAAGAGAAUUUCUUUGAAGGAAUACUAACAGGAGGUGAUGGUAUGCAAAAUAGUUCAGUCUCUCAUCAGUUUCCCUCUUCAAGCCCAAAACAACAUAUGUCCAUCGCCUCAAUUUCUACUUCUAACCCUCUUGCAAUAAAACGUGUAAUCCCAUCUCAGUACUGGAAUCAUGAAGCUAUCGCAGGAUCAUCCAUUGCUGCGGCUUCUUCCGGAAAGCGUUUUCACGGUGAUCUUAAUAGCUGUAGCACUGGCACUGAGGAUAACACCUCUUUUGUUUCUUUGCUAAGCCAGCUUCCUCAAGCCGGUGCACCAUUUCAUUCAAAUACUUUUAUUGGCUCUCUCGGUGAUGGUGUUUUGAGACAACAGUUUCAGCUUCCAAGCAUGAACUGGAACUCUUAAGGAGGGAUCGAAUAUAAAGGGACGGAAUCGUAUACGUAACUAUCACAUACAUGGUACAUGUCAUCUAUAUACAUACAUACAUAUAUAUAUAUAUAUAUAUGCAUGUGAAGUGCUUCAGGAUGAAGAUCAUAAAGAAAGUCAUCAAGAAACUCUCCAGGGAAACAUUUCAUUUCUUGCCUACAUUUUCAGGCCAAGCGACUGUGUUUUCAGGGAUUUGAUUUUUACAUAAAGGAACUCGUUAGAAGGCUUUCAAUUAAAUUAAUCCAGUGUAAGUAAAUCAUACAGGUGAGGUCUUUAUAUCAAUUACUUUUUGUUUUCCUACAAUUAAAAUAUAUAUAUGUAUGUGUGUGUUUACACACAAUUAGACAAUGAAAAUGAUAACUAACAUAUUGCUCUAUUAAAGUGAUUACUGUAUACUUGAAAGAAUACUUAUCUCUUUAAUCAGUAUCUAUAAAUUUGCUAAAGAUUUGUAUA